UCAACGCGUGCGUGCGCAGAGCGCGUCCCCGACCACACGCCACUGACAACAAGCUGGCAUUCCGCGUCCAGACUGGCUUUUAAAUGAAAAUAAACCACUUAACCCAAAGUAUAAGACAGACAAAAUAAUUUGGUCAGCAGGGUGAAGGGAUGGAGUUCCCUGUAGAUGUGUUGGUGUCUGGGAUACAUGAAGACUUGGAAAGUUCAGCCCAGACAUACAUGAACAAACUACUUUACAGCAACCCGGAUCAUACACAAUACGUUACUCUUCCUAGCGCAAGAAAGAUUCAGAUCACUCCUGCAAAUGUUGGCUUUGUUCCUCUUUAUGGUGCCAACCUCAGACACAAAGUUCUGGCUCUGUUUGCUCCUGAGGACCAGUUCACAGCUGUGGCUUUGUUUUUGGCUGAUGAGUGGUACAAUGUUGAAGAUAUUCUCAGAACUUCAGAUCCUGCAAGAGAAGGCCUUGUAAAGGUGAGAUCUGUGGGCGAGAGGAUUGUGUUGUAUGUCCUGAACCGUAUUAUUUACCGGACGGUGGAGAUUGGUUCGAACGAGGUGCCAUUUCUUUGCCAUGGAGAAGAUGACCAUGCUAAGAUCCUGUGGAAGAAUGGGGAAGCAGUGGGCUUCUAUUCAGUCAAAUCUAAAGGUAACUUGUGCAAUAGCUUUGUGAGCCAGUGCUACCUUCUUCCCGUCAUGGACUCCAUAUUUGUCCGGAAGAGUCACCGUGGUAAUGGUCAUGGGUUGCAGAUGUUGGAGGAUUUUGUGGACUCUUUUAACGAAGAAGAACUGGGCCUGAAAUACCCUUUAACUCAGGCCAUGCAAAAGGUAUGCAGUCAGUAUCUGAGCAGAUACCCAGCAGAUGUGGACCUGCUGUGGGAGGUGGAAGGAGUUGGAGGUCCCUAUCAGAAAGUAAAAGUGGCGAACAAACUUGCCUCUGUUAAACUAAAAUACGGUAACAGCUCAUGGCCAGCAGAGGACAACACAAAUGGAGAAUUAGUUGUGAAUGAGGUGGAGAUGAAUGAGGAGGAGAUGAAUGAGGAGAGCUCCCUGGAUAUCACGGAAGACGUGGUGACGAUCAAAAAACAUCUGAAGGCAGUAGAAGAAACCCUUGACUUGCCCGUAUCCACACGCUCGCAGAGCAGCCAGCACAGACAAAAGAAACGACAGCGGGAAGAGGACGCCGAUGAGAACCGACCUGAAAAAAUCAACAGAUUGACUAAAGAAGAGGUUGAGGUAGAACCUGAUGCUGUCGUACCAAACGCUAAAGAGCCGGAUGAAGAGACGGAAGGAGAACAAGAGGAAGAAACAACCUCAAUCCAGUUGGAUGUGGCGGAGUCUACCGAGGCUCUUCAUACAGAGCCAGAGCAUGGAAAUACGAUCAAUGGAGAAUUGAGUGACAGCCAGGCAGAGAAGGAGGCGGGGUCAACAGACACAGCAGAGGAUGUCCAAAGCGGUGAGGAGUGCUCUCUACAACCUCUCAUUAAAAAUGGUACUGCUGAAGAGAUGGAGCUAGGGGAAGAGAGCCAAUCACAGGAGACUCCUGUGGAAAAGGAGAAUGUUGUAGAUAUUCCAGAUGAGUCUGAGGAGCCUGCUGCAGAGUCAGAGCAGACUGACCAAGUGCCUGUUUUUGAAGGGAAACAGGAAGCAUUAAAGGAAGAAGAGGCACAAAAAGAGGAAGCAUUUGAGGAAGAAGAGGAACAAAAAGAAGUUGAGGAGAAACUAAUUCUUGGAGUUGAGGAAGAACAGGAAGAGGAAGUAACUCCUUCAACUGAGGAUACUAAGGACGUAAAUCAGCCCCCAGAAACCUCUGAGAUGACUUCUGAGGUCCCAGCUCUCCUAGCUGACCAGGGAGAAGAUGAAAAUGUGCGUUCUGACCAAAACUGUGUGGCAGUGGGAGAUCCAUCACACCCUCAGCCAGAUGCUUCAGUGGAAGAAGCCUCCAAUGCUCCUAUUGAAGCAAGACUAGGAGAGGAGGCCAUCAUGGAGACCGAGGAGUCAACCGUUAACCAAGAUAAGCAAAUUUUGGACCAAGAGAGCCAGACUGUCACAGAAAAUAGCACAAAAGAUGGUACAGUUGAGCUUGAGAAGAUAAAUGAAGAUAAUACAACCACCACGGAAGAUGAGAAGGAAGAGGUGAAAAGCUCAAACGAGUCUCCUGAUGUUCGAAUUCUCAGAGGGGGCAGGAGCAAGCCUGUACCUCCAACUCCCAAACGCACAUCCGGUAAAUUGGGCAAAGCUGUUGUCAAAGAGGUAGAAGAGGAGCUGGAGGAAGAAAAAGAGGAGGAGGAGAAACUCUCAAGCACAGAAGAGGAGAAGGGGAGCACUGAGGAAGACGAGGCUGCCGAACACAACUCUGAAGAAGAGGAAGAGCCACCGGUGGUUGACAGGAGGGUGUUGAGGAGGAAAAGCAAAGUAAUACAGUCCACGCCCAGACCAAAAGUAAAGAGACACAGCAAAAACUGAGUUCAUACUUCUCUCUCUGGUACUCCAUUACACUACACAGUCUGUCUCUAUACGAACAACACAGUUUUCUUUUACAUUUUAAAUAUGCACUACACGGUUAUAUACUUAGAUCUGUACUAGAGAGUGUAGAUGUUUUAUAUAUAAAGUUUAUACCGGGCAGUGUAUAGACAAUAUUGGUUGUCUUUUGAUUUAGAUUUCAUGAGGGUAAUUUUAUUACUAAAAGAUAAAGUUAAAAAGAGUCUUUAAUAUGCUGACUACUCUAAAUUGUAACUGUGAACUUUUAAUUGUUCUUACUUUUAUCCUUUGACUCACAUUUGCUUUUGAUACACAUUGACUGGUUGCAACUUAAAGGGUCAGGGUGCCCACAAAUUCAAAAUUCUGUCAUUGUUUAUUAACCAAAAAACAUACAAUUUUGAAAACCAUACAAUGUGAUGAUGUUCAUAGUGACUGCAUUUACAAAAGGGAAGCCAUGCAAUAGAUUUGUGAGGAAGAGUUUGAAAGUUUUAAGAACUGUUACCUCAAAAAAGUGUUUGAAUCAAUGGGUGAGUUGAAUUAAGAACUUGAUCAGUGAAUGAAUCAUUCGUUUGAGCCAGUUUAUGAUGUUUGAUUUGGUUCCCAAAUCAAACUGUAUGAAUUUAGGAAUCAAACUAAUUUAUUCACAAACUAGUCCGACUCUUUAAAGAUGUUACAUGGCUUGUUGACACUUGUUUUGUUUUUUGUCAGUGCAUUACACGUGUGGUCGCUAUGAAAAAUUACAUAAAAAUUGGUUAAACAAUGACAGACUUUUAGUUUUUGGUGAAUUUAAUACUAACAUUUUAACACUGCUGUUAAAAGCAGCUUAGCUUGCACACUUUCAAAAACUGACUUAAAAUGUAAAGAUCGUAUGUUAAGAUGUGAUGUGGAUUGAGUUUUUACAAUUGUGGAAUACAUUAAAAAAUAUUUCACUUUUAGGGCUUUUGUUAAAUGUUACCUCACACAGCAAUGCUUAAAAAAAGAAGAAAAAAAAACAUUCCACAAGUUCAACUAGCUUUGACCUUUAUAGUGCACCUAAUUAAUUAUUUUGGCUUUUUUAAGUGUUUUGUUUUCUAAUAUGUACACUUUUUCUUCAAAAUGCUGUGAAUGCAUAGAUGUGUGUAAAUGCACACAUAUAUGCUCUUACUUUCUUUAAAUGCUUUGGUCUAAAUAUAAAGUUUACAUAUAGCUUUAUUUGCUAUCUUUAUGAUAACACAUACAUGCUGUAUUAUACACACAAAUUAUAUUAAAUAUAUAGAUCUCUUAUUGUUUUAUUUUAAAUUACACUGACUAGAUGACACUUUAAGUGCAAAACUAAUGUUUGAUGAUAGAGAUUAUUGCUUUAAGUUGCUUUUUUCUACUUUUUGGGUGGUGUUUUUAGUGUCUAAAGUUUUUAUGACCGUCAUAACCUCCACUGACCUUUUUUCUGUGUUCUUUUUUUUGUUAAGAUCUGAACCCACACUUGUUUCAUGUUAAAUCUUUGUUAAAAAAAUAAACAAUAUUUGCAUACUAUUUUAGUGUUUACAUUUCAUAUAAUAAGUGUUCUGAUUUAUGCAAAAGCUCGUUUCUCCUUGUCUGUGGGCUGCACUCUAUGAAUGACCACAUGAGGUCGCUGUGGGAUUUUGCAAAAGCUGUUGCUGCAGUAGGUGUUCAGGCACCUGAGGUCGGUUAGUUGCUUAAGAUAAAAAUAUAUGGGUAAAAAACAUAAAUCUAAUUUUCUGGAGCUUCACGGAACGUUUCUCCCAUCAUUUGAUGCCAAAGUCAUCACGAGUUAAUCUGUGAACGAUUUCAAAGUCUUAUUUUAGUUGUUCAAGCAAUAAUGUCCUGAAAUUGUUUUUGCAAACUGUGAUUUUUUUUUUCUGUAGUUAAUAAAUACCUUCUUUGAAAA